CAUUCUCAACAACGAAAAAAAAGCCCUAAACCUUUUCCACAAUAGAACGCAACUCACAAGUCACAGGCCAGCAACGAAGCGGCAUCGCCAACAACAACAACAACAACAACCACACCAAAAGCGGCAGCAGCAACAACCAAAGGGCGUUGUUGGAGUAUGGCGAAGUCGUUGAGAUCGAAGAGGCAGAAGAGGCUGAGGACUCUGAGGAGAGAAAUUGUCCAACCCUUUUACGACAACAAGGAAGCUGCAAAGCUGGCUGUUCAAGAAGCCGCUCUCAACGCUCCUAAGCUUCCCAUUCCACCUUCCUACAUCUCCACCACCACCACCACCACUGCCACAACGACAGCCAACACUACCUCUAUGGAUGUGGAGAUGGCUGACGGCAGAAACACUGCUUCAGGAUCGGCAUCCCUAAAACCUGUUGGCGGCGUAGGAAAGAAGCGGAAACAUAAAUCAAAGGGGAAGAAAGAAAAGCGGCAUGGCAAAGGGAAGAUCAGGAAGAAGAAUAUUUGACUGUGAGUUUAAUGGGGAAUCUUCUUUUCAUUACAAUGGCACGUUCUUUCCUCUAAACUACAAUUUUGGCAUAGUAAUUGGGAAUUUCACUUAGGACUGUCGAGCUUUGAAAGAUGAAGUUUUGUUGUAGAACACUAGUACCAGUAUGUGCAAAGAAAUUGCUUUUGCCAUUUUAACCAAGGUGUGUUAAGCAUAUGAUAUCAAUUGAAGGCGUCGAUAAAUAUCAAUCUGGGUUUAUUUGUCUUA